AAUUUCCUAAACCCUCUCGUCAGGGAGUUUUAUCAUCGUCUUCCCUCUCAAGCUCUCACCCGAAGUACAGCUUUAUUUAUGCCCGAAACCCUCACAGCUUCACUCAACUUUGUGAACCCUGCUCUCAUAGCUUUCAUGCCUCGCCAAGUUCUGCUUUUAAAACCUGAAAUGAAGGGAAGCAAAAUUCAGAAGGACAAUAUCAACAAAGAUAAGAAAACCACAAAGGCUCUUCUUCUGGACUCAGUAGCUCAGUACCUUGAACGCAAUGGUUUUUCAAAGACGCUGAAGAAGUUCCGGUCUGAAGCGGGAAUCGAGAAGGAGGAUUUCAGAUCUUCUUUUGACCUGGAAGAAAUUUAUUGCAAGUCCUUGGAGACAAGGUAUGAGAAGACAUCUUUUGCUCUUUCAUAUUUCAUAAAGGCAUUUAAAUAGUUUAGGAAUGUGAUUAAGGGCAAUAUUGGUGCAUGAUCUACUCACACAUGUAGUUUUUUCUAUGCAGUUCUUACUGAAUUUGGUGUAAGGUUUUUACUUCCAGACCUACAGUUUUAUUGUCAUAGACAUGUAAUAGGUGUUGUGGGAAUCUAACCAAAUUGUGGACUGGACUAGGUCUAGCCAAUAAUGUCUUUUUGUUUGGCGCAACAUAGUGGGUUUAAUGUUUGGAUUCUAGUCAUCUAGGUAGAUGUGUUGAAACAUUUCUUUUGUUAUAUUAAGCAUUUAAGGUUGAUACAGUUUUUUUACGUGUUCACACUUGUAAAGGACUUUUGGUAUGGUCAAAUGUUUCUACUUUCAUUUUUAGCAUCAUUGAGAAACAUCACUUGCUUGACUCCAUCGCUUGGAUACUCGUUAGCACCUAAAAUUACAUGGGAAUAAUUUUAAAGAAGAGGGGCAAUAUGGAAAUAAAGUAGGGUUUGGGUUGUAAAGAUUUUAAAAAGAGAAGAAAAAAUUGGGAAUUUAAUAACAAAAAAGAAAAAAAAAAAGAGGAAAUUGAUGGCUCAGAUUCGUCCUGGAGAUUGGACGGUUCUGGGACACCAUAUUUAAGCUUUCUUUCCCCUACUUGUUCUGGUAGAAGAAACCCUAGAGGGAAAGAGGGGUGAGGGAGGUGAAACAGAGGCUGGGAGAGAGGGAAAGAGGAGAGACGGCAGUGAAGGAAGAAGAAGAAGAAGAAGAUCAGCGCGCAUGCAAAACGGAGGCCAGUCGACAGGGAAGGAGGUGGAGUGAAGAAAUUUAAGGAGAGAUCGAGAGCAGAGGUUGAAGAAACGUACAAGCGAAAAAGAUCUUACCUAGUUAGGAGGAGAUUGAGGUUAGAGGUAAAUAAAUUCUGAUACUUAGAUGUUGCUAUGGUGAUGUAAAUGGGAUUUCUGUUUAGGUCAUCAAUGUGGAGGAGUUCGAAUCGGAAGGAGGUAGGGAGGGCAAGAAUGGUGAGUGAGCUGAGUGUAAGUGAGGGAGAAGGAAGGGAGUCGGCUGAGAUGAAAUUAGGCCGAGGUGUAGCGAGAUUUGGAGGCAAUUUUGCUGGUGAUGUGCUGAUAUCAGUACCGGAAAAGAUGAAUAUUGGGGCGCCGAUAUUGGCGAUGGUAAAGUGGGAGGUUGUGGCACCGAUUUUGGUA